AGUACCUCACAAAGAUUCUUAUAAAAAGGUACUCAAGAAUAUGACAGUGGUAUCAUAUUUUCACAUCAAACCUCUCCUAAUAACAAAGAUGAACACAAAUUCUUUUCUUAUCCUUUUAUUAUUUUCCCUUUGUUUCAUUGUUUUUCAUUCCCAUGCACAAAACAAUGGUUUUAGUGUUGACCUUAUCCACCGCGACUCUUUAAAAUCACCCUUCUACCAACCUGCAACCAAAUACCAACUUGUGGUCAAUGCUGUACGUCAGUCCAUUAGUCGUAUUAAUCAUUUCUACAAAGAUUCACUCACUGAUACUCCUAAAUCGUCUGUAAUUCCUGACGGAGGUUCAUAUCUCAUGACUUAUUCAGUUGGUACCCCACCAUUUAAGUUAUUUGGUAUUGCUGAUACUGGUAGUGACAUUAUUUGGCUUCAAUGUAAGCCUUGUGAAGAAUGUUUCAACCAAACGACUCCUAAGUUUGAGCCUUCAAAAUCAUCAAGUUACAAAAACAUUCCUUGCAAUUCUAACACAUGUCAAUCUUUGAGAGACACUUCUUGUACUGAACAAGAUUCUUGUCAAUAUAAUAUUCAGUAUGGUGAUCGAUCACAUUCACAAGGAGAUCUUAGUCUCGAGACUCUUACAUUGGAUUCCACCACUGGUCAGUCUGUUUCAUUUCCUAAAACUGUGAUAGGAUGUGGGACUCAAAAUACAGUGUCAUUUGAUGGUAGAAGCUCUGGUAUAGUUGGCCUUGGAGGUGGAUCUGUGUCUCUUACAACACAAUUGGGAUCUAAAAUUGGUGGAAAGUUCUCCUACUGUUUGGUACCAUUAUUGGGUGACUCAAGUGCGACAAGCAAACUCAAUUUUGGAGAUGCAGCCGCGGUUUCAGGUAAUGGUGCUGUGUCAACUCCUUUAGUGAGUAAAGAUCCAAAAACUUUCUACUAUUUGACCUUGGAAGCGUUUACUGUUGGAAACCAAAGAAUAGAAUUUACAGGGGAUUCAAAUGGUGGUGGUGAGGGUAACAUCAUAAUUGAUUCGGGUACAACAUUGACUCUUAUGCCAAGUGCUGAUUAUCAAAAUUUGGAAUCAGCUGUAAAAGAAUUGGUUAACCUAGAUAUUUAUGAAGAUCCAAACGGUCAAUUUAGCCUUUGCUAUAAUGUCCCUUCAGAUGGAUAUGAUUUUCCUAUAAUCACGGCAAAUUUUAAAGGUGCAGAUAUUAAAUUGCAUUCAAUUAGUACAUUUAUUCCAAUUGCUAAUGGGGUAUAUUGCUUCGCUUUUAUGCCAUCUCAAAUUGGUUCCAUCUUUGGAAAUUUGGCUCAACAGAACUUGUUGGUUGGUUAUGACGUCGUUAAAAAUGUUGUAUCUUUUAAGCCUACCGAUUGCACCAAGUUGGGUUGAUUAUAGAAACGCAACUUUGUAUUCACAAUAAAUAUUGUAUCAUACUACUUCCUUAUUAUUCACAAUAAAUAUUGUAUCAUACUACUUCCUUAUUUAGAUUGAGGCCACCACUUCGCCUCUAAUUUCCAAAGGUG